AUGCGUCUGCUUCUCACUCUUCCUGUGGCUCUAGGCUCCAUGGCGCUCUGGUUGACUGUGGUCAUUGCUCUCACCUGCUUUGGUGGCCUCGCCUCCCUGGGCCCUGUGCCUCCCUCUACAGCCCUCAAGGAGCUCAUUGAAGAGCUGGUCAAUAUCACCCAGAACCAGAAGGCACCUCUGUGCAAUGGCAGCAUGGUGUGGAGUGUCAACCUGACAGCCAACAUGUACUGUUCAGCCCUGGAAGCCCUGAUCAACGUCUCCAACUGCAGUGCCAUCCAAAGGACCCAGAGGAUGCUGAGCGCACUCUGUCUUCACAAGCCCUCAGCUGGGCAGGUUUCCAGCGAGCACAUCCGAGACACCAAAAUUGAAGUGGCCCACUUCUUAAAAGACCUGCUCAAACAUUCAAGGAUCAUUUUUCACUAUGGAAAAUUCAGCUGA